AUGCGGCAGGGGGCUGCCUGGGGCGGCGGCUGCCUGGUGCGGGCGGCGCACACGGGGCUCAGCUGGGGGGUCACUCUGGCGCUCUUCCUGCAUCGCACCGAUCUGCGAAAGCAGGAAGAGCAAGGAGAGUUGCUGCAGCCACUGAUAUUUGUCUUACUGGUUCUCUGCUCAGUUUUGCUGUACUUUGUAGUGUCUCUCAUGGAUCCAGGCUUCGUUGAGUCUGAUGAGGAAGAGAAGGUAGGGAUGAAUGAAGAGCAAAGAGUAAUGAUGCCCCAAUUUCCAAGCAAUGUUUGGCUGCGGCGCUGUGGAUACUGCAUGCUGAAGCAACCAAUGCGAGCCAAGCACUGCCAGCUGUGUCGGCACUGUGUACGUCGUUAUGACCACCACUGUCCCUGGAUUGAGAACUGCGUAGGAGAGAGGAAUCAUCCACUCUUUAUAGUCUACCUGGCUGUGCAGCUUGUGGUUCUCUUGUGGUCCUUUCAUGUUGCAUGGUCAGGCCUUUACUUCCAACAGUCUUGGGAGUGGCUGCAGCACAACAUCUUCCUUCUCCUGUCCUUCCUCGUGAUAGCCAUAUUCACCAUUGUAGUGCUUCUGCUGCUGAUUUCACACUUGUACCUGGUCUCAUGUAACACAACCACCUGGGAGUUCAUGUCACACCACCGCAUCUCCUACCUCCGACAUUGUGAGUCAGAGAACCCCUUUGACCAAGGUGUCAUUCUCAACCUCUGGAGAUUCUUCUGUGCUUGCCGUCUCGUUACAUGGGAGAAAAUAUACUUUCAGGAGGAUAGUGACCAUGUUUAAUUAGAAAAAGGUAAAUUCAGCCAGGAUUUAAUGGUGUAAUCCAAGUUUGAUUACAAGAGGGAAAAGUACAUCUACAGAGUGAGCUGAAAUGCAGGUCCUCUUGCUGAAUUAGUCAUUCAGCUUUUAACUAAUAGAGGCUGCUUGUCACGGUGCAUCUGUGUUGAGGGCUUUAAGAAAGGAAUUUAGAGUAGGACUCUCAGGAACAACCUCUCUGAUUCUUUAGAGAGAGCACUUGUAUUGUAACCAAUUUCCUACUGCUUCAGUGGAGGGGGAAUUUAGUCCAUAAUGAACCAGCAACUUGUUGUACAACUAUCCCAUUCGCAGGGGCAAGUCUGCUUACAAGAAUAAGUGGCAGUGUGGCUCUAUGGUUGGUCUUCAUAUCCAGGUAAAAUGACUUCUUGGUUCUGGGCAGCACUGAAGGGGUGAUUUCUGGUCUGAGUGAAUGUGUAUGCUAGUCCUUUACAUCUUUUUGCUAAUCAUAUUCAUCAAACCUCUUGAGGCAAAUGCAAGGACUUCCUGAAUAGCAGCUUUCACUUAUUUCCUCAGUCUCCCCAUCUCAGCUGGUGCCAUAUCCACUCUAGGGAAUAGCAGCAGAAAGAAAAAGUUAAUUAUUGAUAAGUCAUACCAAAAUCAGUUUAGGCAAUAUGGCCUUUCUUCAUGAUCAUUCUUACUGUCAGGACCGAUGUGCCUUAGUGGUAGAGUUGGCAAAUAAUGGAAAGCUUUGCAUGAAUAUUUGGACAAUGAAAAGGAAACCUCAGUUUGACUGCAUGCAGGAGAUUCAUGCGUUCCACAAAGGUUUGAGCUUUACUACUGCCAAUAUGCCUGAGAAACAGCUAUAAUGCACCAAAUUCAAGUUUUGAACUGUUAAACCUAUGCUUUGUGAUGCAGUGGCUACUUAGAUACAAGUCAACAAAACAAUACCAUUGACUUAAACAUAAUGAAAUGCACAUUUAAACAGAUCAUAGACUCAGCUAUUCGAUAUAGAAAUUAAUGAGUUUUCAGUGAAUAUAGACUUCUCAGAUUUAAACCGUUCUUGGACAGAAAAAUAUUUGUCAACUGCAUUAUUUUUGCAUGUCACUUAUUCAGCUGUAACUCUCACCUAUAGCUUGUUUGGGAAAAGCCUCCCUCAAAAUAUUGUUCCAAUUACAUAUUCUUAAAUUAAAAUAGUAAAUGGGUGAGUGGCAGUGAAGGAGAUGUUUCUGAAUGCUCUGAGAUGGUUUUUAACUAGUAACAGUGGGCUGGAGCCAGAAUCCUUAUUUCCAUACACAGGUCGAGCAACACUGAUAAUAGUACUAUUAACUCCAUGUCUUAAUGAUGUUUUCCCCACUACCAUAUUUGAUAGUUAGGUUUUCAACUUAUUUUACUUAACUCAAAAGGAGAAAGAUGUCUUUUUAUUUUUAAAGCGUUAAAGCAAGUGGAGGUACUGUAUUAAAGAUACUAGGAAGAUUUCCAUUUUAAUUAAGAUGACACUAACAAGUAAACUUAAUUUCUUCAGUUUAAGCAGCAUGGACAGUGAAAUGAACCUGUUUAGUUACAAGUUCUUAUAUGGCAUGGUAAAGAGUGUGUGUCAGUAGUCCCCUCAAAAAAGGAGUGCCCUCUGCACUGAAUCUUAAUUCUGAAAAUAUUUCUAAUCAUAAGGUUUUAUAAAAACUCUGGUACGCUUAUUUGGUGCCUUAGUAUCUUUCAUGACUCGGGUUAUUACUUGAUACAAGAGCAAAAUGGAUGGCUAGCACGUUGGCAGAUUGCACACAGGUUCCAAGGUAGGUAAGUACUCUUAGAAUAUUGUUAUACUCCGAAAAAGCAACUCAGACAGCAGAAGGGUCUCUGUCUGACACCAGGAAGACUGCAGGUUCCUUGGGGCUAGGGCUGUGUCUUGUACAGGGCAGAACAUGCUAUCACAUGGUGGUACGUGAAUGUCAAGAUGGGGUCUUCCUGGAUUGUAUGUCACCAUUAAGAAAGGAUUCUGCCAUUAGAAUUUAGUUUGGUUGAAGAAGUAUCUGCCAGACUAGACUUCACACUUAGCUGUGUUGGCUCUAGCACAUGAAAAAAUAACUGUCAGCCAGUAUAACUGAAUACAUACAAGUUAGAUAUUGUUUGAUGGGAUGAUGAAUUUUAAAAAGUCUAGGCUGCCAUUGAAAGAUUUGCACUUUACAUUUUUUAAUGCUCUGAACUGUGUCAAAUAAUUGUAAAUCAUUAAAAGAUUAAAAC